CAUGCGCCAACUUCCUUUAAUGAGAAGACGAGUCUGCUGAGGAAAGGAGAGCGAGGCGAGAGAGGAAGAGACGUGGGGGAAGAAAAGCGAAUGAUAGCAGUUUACAUCGUUUUCUUUAAAUAAUAAUAAGAAUUAUUGUUAUUAUUCAAUCUGUAUGCAUGUAUACAGUCGUUAUUUCAGAAGCAGAAGACACUAAAUAAGUAACCGCAAUGUCGGCCCAGGCUCAGAUGAGAGCUUUGCUCGACCAGUUGAUGGGGACUGCAAGGGACGGCGACGAAACUCGACAGAGGGUGAAGUUUACUGACGAUCGUGUCUGCAAAAGCCAUCUUCUAGAUUGCUGUCCCCAUGACAUUCUUGCUGGAACGCGCAUGGAUCUGGGGGACUGCUCUAAGAUACACGACUUGGCACUGAGAGCUGAUUAUGAAAUCGCUUCCAAGGACAGAGACCUGUUCUUUGAGUUGGAUGCGGUGGAUCAUCUUGAAUCCUUUAUCGCUGACUGUGACAGAAGAACAGAACUAGCUAAGAAACGUCUGGCUGAAACCCAGGAAGAAAUAAGCGCAGAAGUUGCGGCAAAGGCUGAAAAGGUCCAUGAGUUGAAUGAAGAGAUCGGAAAGCUCCUCGCCAAGGCAGAGCAGCUGGGGGCCGAGGGGAAUGUGGAUGAGGCUCAGAAAGUACUUCAAGAGGUUGAGAGAGUGAGAAGCAGGAAGCGUGAAGCAGAGGAGGAAUACAGAAACUCAAUGCCUGCAUCUAGUUUCCAGCAGCAGAAACUGCGUGUCUGUGAGGUGUGCUCUGCCUAUCUGGGUCUCCAUGACAACGAUCGCCGCCUGGCUGAUCACUUCGGUGGCAAACUGCACUUGGGUUUCAUUCAGAUCAGGGAAAAGCUGGAGCAGCUGAAGAAAACUGUGUCAGAAAAGCAGGAAAAAAGAAAUCAAGAGCGCCUGAAAAGACGGGAAGAUAGGGAGCGGGAAGAAAGAAUGAAGAGGAGAGGAGUUUCUUCAGUGACUGAUGCCCCAGGAGAACAGCCUAGGGGGAUGGCAUCAGGGACCAGAUCACGAAGCAAAGAGCGUAAGAGGUCCCGCUCUCGGGAGCGCAGGAGACACCGUUCCCGUUCCUCUUCCCGGGAGAAGAGGAGGUCCCGCUCUCGCUCAAGAGACCGGGAGAGGAAGCGCAGGCACCGCAGUCGCUCCCGCAGCAAGGGCCGCCGGCGCAGCCCCCGUGACCGCAGCAGAGACCGGAGCUCCAAGCACAAAUCUUCAAGAGACCGUUCCUCCCGGGACAGAUCUCGGGAUAGGGGCAGGAAGGAGAAGAGCUCCUCAGAGAGGAGGCAGGAGAGCAUGAAUGGGAAAUCCGAAUCCAGGAGAUCAGAGGAGAGAGAGGCUGGAGAGAUCUGAGGAGAUCAGAGCCUAUUAUUGUUCCAUGUUACUCUGUACAUUUACGGAAAAUGAACCCCAGCAAUUGGUCUUCUCUGUUUCUGUACAUCUAGUUGAGCAUAACUGUUAAAUACUGCUGGAUCUAAUGGCUUCUGGGGAGGGGAGGGGAGGGGAGGGGAGGGGGUUGUUCUUGAAAAAGCUUGAUAUAUCUUUCAAUGAAAUCUGGAUGUUAUUACUUUCAUGAUGUCCCCUUUUUUAAAAAAAAAAAAAAAAAAAAAAAAAAAAAAAAUGCUGGUUUUGUGAUGUGUGUGGGUUUUUUUUGUUAAUAGAAAACAGAUUGAUAUCGGUAGUGUCCUUCAUCAACAUACUUAAAAAAAAAAAACAAAAAAAAAAACAGGAGAGUUGUGGUAAACAGGAAAUUGCUUGAGGCCAGUUUUGGCUCCCGUCUGGUUUUUGCCUUCACUUGUGUACCGUAGGGAUUGAGUAAAUCAUCACCAUAUUUGGUGAUGGCUAUCUAGAGUUAGAGCAUAAAUAAGUAGUCAGCAUUUUUUAAAUAAUUUUGAAUGUUAGUUUAUGAAGUACAGAAGCCAAUUGUGUAUAUAUAUAUUUUUUUUUAAAUAUCUAAACAAAUUUGUAUUUAAUAAACAUUUUGCUUGGGUUUUUUUUUUCUUUUUUCCACCAAAACUUCUGUAAGCAGCAUCCCUGCAACAGUUCUAAAUUCUGUGGUGGGGACAGAUGCUGCCUGUUUCUGGCUGCUGCAAGUGAUCAGUGUACUACUGCUUUUUUUUUUUAUAUAUAUAUAUAUAUAAUUUUUUUUUUUUUUUUUAUGGAGAUUACAAAUGAAUUGAAGUUAGCCAGUCUCCUGUUGUAGGAAACUGACCUUGUGUUCCUUGCAUUCUGAGUAAGGAGUCUUUGUACCAAUCUCUCCAAAUAUGACUUGUAACACAUUUUUAUUUACAAAUGUACAUGUUUAUAUAACUAGACUCCAUACUGGUCAUUUGCAUUCCAACCCCCCUCCCUUUUGUUUUUAUUUGUAUUUCACUUCAUUAAAGUGUUCCUGUCUCUU